CACAGCGCCAUCUUGAGGCCCAUUCUCCGGUGCACACUAGUGUUUAUUUAUUGUUAUAAUAAUUAAAAAAAUGUUUAAUAGAACAAAUUUAGUCUCGAAAUACAAAGCCUUUGCCAGGUCCAUUAAAGGGGCACAGAACAUUAAACCCAAGUGUGGGGCCACAACAGUCGAAACAUUACACAAUUCCAGUGCGCCCCCAUCGUCAAACUCCACCCACUUCGAAAAAUAUAACGAACUCACAAUAGUUAAAACAUUCACGAAAACAUUGUCUUCAAUUCAGGAUAAGUUUAGUUGCAAGAAAAACGAAAGCCGUUCUAGAACACAAUUUUGGGCGUCUAGUACCGUUGCAGCGUCAGCUACCUCCGAAGUGGUCAUAGAACCGAUCCCUGAGCCCCCUCCGGUCCCCCCAGAGGCGCCCCAAGCCCUAGAAUCCGCGCCUGAAGUAAUCAGUCAAAUCAAUGCUUUAGGCGAGCCCACAUUCGCCUCGUUGGGGCUCGGGGGCAACACACCGGUGGGAAUAGCCCAAUCAUGCUUCGAGUACCUUCACAUCAACCUGGGGGUGCCCUGGUGGGAGGCUAUAGUCAUAGGAACGCUAGUUAUACGAAUUUGUUUAUUCCCUUUAGUCAUCAUAGCGCAACGAAACGCCGCCAAAAUGAACAAUUACAUGCCCCAACUGCAGGCAAUUCAGCUGAAAAUGACUGAAGCCAGACAAACAGGGAACCAAUUGGAAGUGGCCCGAUAUUCGCAAGAAUUAAUGAUUUUCAUGAAGGAGAAACAGUUAAAUCCGCUCAAAAAUAUGAUAGUGCCCUUAGCACAAAUGCCUGUUUUUGUGUCAUUUUUCAUGGCUUUGCGAGAAAUGGCCAAUGUCCCGGUCGAGAGCUUGAGGACAGGGGGGCUGUGGUGGUUUACAGAUUUGACAGUCCCUGACCAGUACUUCUUGAUGCCUAUAAUUACAAGUGCCACACUUUUAGCCACGAUUGAAUUGGGCACUGAUACCGCAAAACUUUCAUCACAGAAUUUACAGACGAUGAAAUAUGUGCUAAGAGCAGUUCCUGUGAUUGUCCUACCGUUCACUAUUAACUUUCCAGGGGCUAUUUUGUGUUACUGGGUGUCUUCAAAUUUUAUUUCGUUGCUCCAAGUCGGCUUUUUAAAAAUACCAACGGUUAGGAGUUACUUCAAAAUUGAGCCUUUAGUGACCCACAAAAAUUUGCCAAUGAAACCUAAAGGGUUCACGGAGGGUUUAAAAGAUUCGUGGACCAAUAUAAAAAUCACACGAGAGUUAGAGGAACGGAAAAGAAUAGACGAAAUGCAGUUUCAGAAGGCUGGACGAGGCCCCAUUGUUAAAACUUACAAAUAUGAUCCAACAAAACAGAAUGCGUCGGCGAUUAGUGCCAAAAAACGGUAAAAAAUGUUACGAUUUAGGUGAAUAAAUAAUUUAUAGUUUUCUGAA